GAUAGAUAGAUAAAAAAAAUAUCGCGGUGUGCGCAUUUAAAAUAUUUUAAUAAUUUUUUUCUCUAUACUUUUUUUUAAAUAUUAGUUGUAUUAAUUAUAAUAAAAUUAAUAUUAAUCAUAUUUUCACUUUAUAUUAGUAUUUGUAUAUCUAUUUUUAGAAGAAAUAUCUCUAACUUGUUUUAAAAAAUUCUUAAAAAGUAAAAAAAAAAAUUAAAAAAAAAAGACAAAAAAUUAUGAUAAUUAUGAAAAUAAAUUCUAACUGUUGUAAUAUAUACAGACACAUGUGCCCAUUUAUAAAUAUAACAUUCUAAAACAAGAAAUUGCAUAACAAAAAAUAAAAAAUAAAAAAUGAAUAAAUAGUAUUUUUUUUAUAUGGAAUGAAUUAAUUUAAAUGUGUGAAAAGCUUAAGUAAUUAAUUACUUAAUUAGUGGUGAUUUAAAACAAAGUUCAAAUUUAUAAAACAAAAAAAAAUUUUUAUUUUUAAAUAGGAACACAGAUACAUCAAUAAUAAUAAUAUAUUUUUAUAUAUUAAGUAUAAAAGGAAAUUCUAAAAAUAAAACAAGAUUAGAAUAUAAAAAAAAAAUCUACAAAAAUGAAAUUUAAUUAUCAACAUUUUAUAGUGAGAAAUUUAAUUAAAUGCCACAUCAUUUAAUAAUUAAUAUAGAUAAAAUUAUUUAAUAAUUAAAAAGAAAUUAAUUUUGAAAAUAAAAAUAAUUAACAUCUAACUUAACAAUAUAAAAAAUAAAUUAAAAAAGAAAGUAAAAUUAAAAAAAAAAAUGAAAAUUUCCAAAAAAAUGUCAAAUAAAAAAUUUCAAAUUUAUUUGAAAAUUAUAUUUUUUAUAAUUUAUUUAAAUAUUUUAACUGUAUUAGCAAGUUAUUCAGGUGUUUAUGUUGAUAAUGGCAUUGAUAGAACAAUAAUGCAUCGUUUAUUAGAUGAUGCUGAUAAAAGAGAAGUUGAAAAAGAAAUUUUACAAUUUUUAGGAUUACCAGAUCGACCAAAAUUUCGACCACAUCAUGGUCAUAUAUCAAUGAAAAAAUCAGCACCACAAUUUCUAUUAGAUGCAUAUCACAGACUUAGUGAAGAAGAGAAUCCUAUAUUUAGAUCUAAAAGGAGUAUCGAACAUAAUAGUGAUAAUUUUAUAACUGAUUUAGAUAAGAGAGCAAUUGAUCAAUCAGAUAUUAUAAUGACUUUUCUUAACAAAAACCACCAUGUGGCUGAAGUUCGACAUGAACACGGACGACGUUUAUGGUUUGAUGUAUCGGAAGUGACCAAGGAUAACUUAUUAAUGAUGGCUGAGUUAAGAAUUUAUCAAAAUCCCAUGCUGGGAAAAUGGUUAGGAAAAAAUAAAGAAUUUAUUAUAACCGUAUAUACAAUAGUUAAUACUGAUAAGGAAUAUGAUGAUAUUGAUGAUAAUGAUGAUGAAUAUAUUGAAAAAGAAUUAGAAAUAUUAUCAUCAAUUAAUACAACCUCAGAUUACCAUGGUUGGUUAGAAUUAAAUGUAACUGAAGGACUAUCAAAAUGGUUAAUAUGGCCAAAAGAAAAUAAAGGAUUAUAUAUUGGUGCACAUGCAAAAGAAAGACCUGAUCGUGAGAUAAAAUUAGAAGAUAUUGGAAUAAUAAAUAAUAAGGGAGAUGAUGAAUAUCAGCCAUUUAUGGUGGGAUUUUUUAAAGGUCCUGAUGUAAUCAAGCAAUUAAAUAAAAAAAGUGCUAGAAGAAAACGGAAUGUUUCAAAGCGAAGAAAUAAAUCGGAAAAACAAAACCCAUUUUUAGACCAUCAUCAAUCGUCAGCUAUUGGUAGAACUUCAAAAAGUUGUCAAAUACAGACACUUUACAUUAAUUUUAAAGAUUUAAGAUGGCAUGAUUGGAUUAUUGCACCUGAAGGGUAUAGUGCUUUUUAUUGCAGCGGAGAAUGUAGUUUUCCAUUAAAUGCUCAUAUGAAUGCUACCAAUCAUGCCAUUGUACAAACAUUAGUUCAUCUGAUGUAUCCUUCCAAAGUGCCAAAACCCUGCUGUGCUCCGACAACAUUAGGUACUUUACCAGUUUUGUAUCAUUUAAACGAAGCGAAUGUUAAUUUAAAAAAGUAUAAAAAUAUGGUUGUAAAAAGUUGCGGAUGUCAUUGAAUAAAUAAAGUAAAAUUAGAUGUA